UGCCAUAUUUGCAGGAAGGAUGCAAACGCUGGCGGUACUGGUGUUGGCGAUGGCCGCGGUGGCGCAGUCCCGAAGUCUUGCAGGAGAUGAAGAAGAUGUACGUCUGGAGACUCCACCGAGCAACUUCAUCGGAGAGGGAACUAACGAGUUGGCGACUACUUUACUCCAGGGGUUCGUAGAGGAGGAGAAGGACUUCGUGUUUUCGCCGUUGGGCUAUUCCGUGGUGCUCGCAAUCAUGGCGGAAGGAGCGCGAGGCGAGACCCGCAAUCAACUGGUGGCCGCAUUGCGCCUGCCUGAGGACACAUACGCCGUUCGCCAAAACUACAAAAUGAUCCUGGAGUCCAUGAAGGAUAGGUGGUCCAUAAAUAAACCAGAAUUCAAGAACUGGUUUUAUGUGUAUAAGAACUACACCGUUGAUGAAAAAUAUAAAACAAUCCUGUUGGAAAACUACUUAACAGAAGUAAAACAUGUUGAGAAGGUCAGUUACGAUUUGGACUUUGACAGUGAAGAGAGUGUGGAAGAAAAAGUAGGUGUGACAGAGAAAGAUGUGGAGAAGGAGACUGAAGUUGCCUCAGAAGAGUCAAGAGAGUUAGAAGUAUCAAGAGUGGAGGAAGGUACUCCAUCAGUGUUUGAUGCCAGUAAGGAUGUGGCGACAGCACUCACAGCUAAUCGUAUCCUGGAUAGUGACAGCCCAGGAACAGAACUGGAUUCUGAAACAAAAAUGAUUAUCUUUAAUGGAUUCUACUUCCGAGGAAAUUGGAAAACCCCUUUUACCUUGACCAAAGAUGGUGAAAAGCAAAGAUUUUACAAAUCAGAAUCAGAAAAGAAGCAAGUUUCCAUGAUGCAAACAUCAGGCAACUUCGACAUCGGAACUGUCCCAGAGUUGGAUGCUGUGGCACUGGAACUACCUUAUGAGGGCAACCAAUAUUCUAUGCUGGUGCUGCUGCCAAACCAAAGAGAUGGCCUCAGUAAGCUGACCUCUGAUAUCACAGGAUUCUCCCUAAAUCGAGUCUACAAACAUCUUGUAAAUAGGCCAGUGGAAAUACUGCUACCAAAAUAUCAAAUACAAACAAUUAGUCAUCCUGAAAAACUUUUACAAAAGUAUGGAGUGUCAGACAUCUUCACGAGUGACGCAGACUUGAGCGGUAUAAGCUCAGACAAGCUGAAGAUGGGAGCCCUGGUGCAGCUGGUCAACAUCCAGAUUGAUGAAGGCUCUGCAGAUGCAAAUUUCCUAACAACAACACUAGCUGCUGCCACAAGAAACAAUGCUGAGAGAUUUGUUGCUGAUCAUCCGUUCCUUUUCUUCAUCAGAGAUCAAACCAAGAAUCUGAUUGUAGCAGCAGGAAAAGUAGUUGAUCCUGAGUUUAAAACCAGUGAUGAGUUAGCUCCUUAAUUGACUGAUAUUUGUUAAUGCUAUUGUAUUUAUUUAUUUAAAAAGUUUCUUAAU